GCCGGUGCACAAACCAUGGUUAACUGAAAUCAGACGACAGUGGAAUUAUCCAUCUAGAACCAUACUUCUUUUCCUUUGUUGAUUGUCCUACAUUCGUUUGAUUACCCAUCAUGCGUUCGUUUACAUGGUUGGUACUGAUUACUUGUGUGAGUUGUGCGGUAUUGGAUGAGUCGAUGCCUGCUGUAACUCUGGGACCGAAAGCUCGAGAGGUUGAGGCGAUCAAGAGGGACGGGCCGGAUGCUGUAUCUCUCGCCAAGGUCCUUCUUACAGCAAUACCCGAAUCGCUCCGUGAGAUUGCAGCCACAAAUGUGGCCGCCGUCUCUAGCAUUCUAUGGGAAGAGUUUCUGGAUGAUAAGAAGCCAUCUUGGUUUACCUCCCUGCCGCCAGAUAUCCAGAGUUACUUGGUGCAGGAAUUCGGGCCGAAGACAGCUGUUCCUUCUGCAACUGCUUCUACCACCAGAUCGGCUACUGGUCCUUCAGCCCCGAAACAAGAGUCAAGCAAGCCAGCGGAGACACGUCGGCCUUCCCGGUCGAGCGCGACAACCCCAGCCCCGUUGUCUAGCUCGGUAACGCUUGUUACAUCUAUCAUUACGGUUUCCAUGGAUUCAAUAGGUAUUCCAAUUGCUGCACCGACUAGCUCAUCUGUCUCCUCCACCUCUUCGCCAACAUCCUCUCCUGAUGAUUCCGGUCUCUCGAAACAGCUGAAGAUUGGCCUUGGCGUCGGGGUACCGCUGGCCGUAGCUGCAAUUGCCGUUCUUGCGUGUGGGUGUUGUCUUCUCCGUCGCCGACGACGGAGCCAAGAGGGAUCCGUACCGCCUUCUUCUCCAGGCUUUAUUCCUCGAUUCGCUUUCCAGGAGAAAUCUUACGAAAGCUUAGAACAGCAGCAUCCCUUACAUCGACGGGAUAACUGUUCAACCAAUGACUAUGGGUUCCCCAGCGCGUCAGAGGCGAUCAUGGCACCAGCCGUUUACUACACGCACUCGUCGAACAGGGCAAGAGGCAGAAGAACAAGUUAUACGAGCCUUCAGUCGGUCACUGAGGUCUCGGAGCCAGAUGAGGUAGAACCACCUGUUCUGCCGCACCGAAGCCCGAAACGGCAGAGUGUGACCAACACACCAAUUCCAAUUGCCCAGCAAGUGAAGAGGAAGCCUUUACCAAGCUCGAGCGGUCAAACCCCGGUAGCAGAGCUUGCUUCCCAGAGUUUACUUCAGCAAACGAUGAGUGGGAUCACCGUAACUCGAUACAGUCCGCCUCGCUUUGCAAAAGGUGCUACCACCACGGCGUCUCCCAUGGAAGGGGGAAUUGCACAGAGUCCGUCCGUUAAUGGACACGAUCCUCCCCGCUUGCGAAACAGCACCGGAUUUAUUAGGUCGUCCGUUCAGGAGCAUAACCCUAAGGACCCGUUCAGCAAUGACUACAGCUACGUCGAAGACUAUGGUCCCGAAUUUCACAAUGGAUAUAUGGACAUCGAGAAUGGCCUGUAUGGUGGUAAUACGAGUUUGUCAAGAUACCCGGAUUCUAAGCCCUCGAAGAUGGAAUGGCCACUUCGGAACUGCGGUGUAAAGCAGCAACGAAACAAGAGCCCGCUGUGGGAUCGAGUGUAUGACGGGACGGGAUGAUAUUGUGGGUUGAUAUGAUUUCUCAUUGCACUGUACAUGAUAACGAGCACUAGGACGUUUGAAGUAAAAGGCGAAUUGUUGUGCUUGCUUCAUCUAGCUACUUCGAAGCGUACGAUAGGACCUACCCGGAGCACCUAUU